GAUGUGAGAAAAUGUUUGGAGGUAGUGUAAUACUACUGGUACUAUGUACAGUAUCUGUAUAUGGUGAUCAUUGGGAAUCUGUGUUACCAUGGCAAGUGAAAACAACUCUCCUACAACUCUCUGAUCAGUUUAAUAUAGAUUCAGUUAGAGGUGAUCCCAUUGCCAUUUAUCGAGAGGAUUUGGCUAAAGAUUACGUCGCUUACUGGUAUAUUCUCAUCAACCAUGAUGAAUAUCUCAUCCUUUCUUCUGGUCGGGAAACAGGUGACUAUAAACUGGUAAUACAAGGAUCAAGUCCUUCUUUAAUAGAUGAUCUGGACAAGGCAGCCUCAGAGAAGAAAACUAAAUGUGUUAAAUAUUUCAUGAUGACACCAACUCCAGAUGUUAACCUAGCAUGUCAAGACAACAAAGGUCUAAUGAUAUUUGCUGACAACAAAGAUAUCUUGGCCAAAGCAGAUUAUUCAACUCUGUCUAAAUUAUGGGAAAGCCAAAGACGUGAUGUGGAGCGAGAACAUGUCUGGGAGAACUCUUUGUUGAACAAGUUCCAAAACAACACCUACUUCCGGGUUCUUGAACACGGAGACAACCAUAAGAUUGUUGUAGGAGACAGUAAAAAUGUGAAUAUCAUGGUAAUGAACGACGGCACCAUAACCGAAGAUGAGGAACAAGCAAGGCUGUGUCAACUGCUAGGUGUCUGUCACCCAGAAGACAACACCCGUGUAAACCCGCAAAGCUUCCAGCUGACAAAAUACGGACAACUCUUUGUGAACCUCGAUGUACCGAGAAUCCAAAAACCAACACGUGGAUUCUAUCUUACUAUCUCUACUUUCGACAAAGGUGAAACCAAGGGUCAACAAAUAUCCAUUGACUCUAGACGACGAGUCAAGCGACAGGUGACAACGGGGCCAUGGACAGAAUAUUCUAUAGAUGACGAAAUCCUGUUCCCUGAUUAUAGACAGCACGACAUUGAUUGUGAUGUUAAAUGCUGUGCUGUUGGGUGUGGUCCUGUUGCCUGGGCAAUGAUCCUUGGGUAUUAUGAUAGAAGAUCACAUGAUAAACCCAGCACGUAUACUAUCGGUAGUCAGGGACUCUUCCGGUGCAGCCCGGACGCAACCAAUGGUUCAAACAUUUGUAAAGCACCUGCUUAUACAACUGAUCAAGUCAAGCAACUGACUGAAUAUCUGCACGAUGUAAUGGGGACCUUUUGUCUGACUGGACAAGGAGCUACGACACAAGGGGCUAUGCAGAAAUUUGAAGAUUAUUUCAAGCCACGCCAACUUACAGGCAGUCCAAACGUUACUGUGGAAACCAGUGGUAUUGCGAGCUUUGUCGGUAUCUAUGACGACGGAAUUAGAGAUUCCGGUCUUGCGUUCCUUAGAGCUAAGUGGCCUGUUGUUGUGGGUAUACGAGUUGAUGGUAUUUUUUCCCAACAUUUCCCCGUUGCCACUAAAUACCGUAGCCGAUCGAGCAAAGAAUGCAAAAAAAGUCUAUGGGGAAGUACAAAAUGUACGACAAGCACUGAGUACGAAAUGUACCUGCACAUGGGUUGGGGUGGAUCCAAUAAUGGUUGGAGAGCGGCUAAAAUGUUUAUGGCCGCUGUUGCUUGGUAUUAGCACAGUACUUUGAUUUAUUCUCAUUUAUUUCUUCCUGUCCUAAAUUUUG